AUGGCAACUUUUCAAGUUGGUUGUCUACUGUUUGACUAUCAAGCAAUUGACGUGAUCGGACCAUGCGAUCUUCUCAACUCAUGUAGCAAACGGUUCACCAAUGCAAUGAGCUUCUUCGGUCCAGUUGAUCAAGAAGCUCUCCGGAAUGGUCCCGCGUUCCAAUUUCAUCACAUCGGAGAAACAAUGGAGCCAGUACCUUUGCUCACAAGUGGGUUAACACUUUCUCCCACCACUACGGUCGAUGACUGCCCGGAGCUGGAUAUCCUCUUGGUCGGAGGACCUAGCCCGACCCGCUACCAAGUACCACCGACCUACAAGGAGUUUAUCCAGCGACAUGUUGCUUCCGGGAAGCUAUUGUUCACCACAUGUACUGGAGCAUCGGUUAUUGCAGCCACUGGUGUCUUGGAUGGAAAGAAUGCCACAGUAAACAACCUUGAGUUUAACUGGGUAGUUAAGCAGUAUCCUCAAGUAAAGUGGACGAGGGAGAAGAAGUGGGUUGUUCAUGGUAAUAUUUGGACAGGGAGUGGAGCGGUUGCUGGAAUGGACAUGUUUGCUCAUUGGGUGAAGGAGAAUUUCGGGUUGGCAGUUCUCCGACAAGGAUGUCUGUCUUUGGACUAUGAGCCUCGUGAUAUUGAUGGAUUGUUUACCGUGUUUCCAUCGCGUUACGAUUCAUCUGGAAACAAAGUCUCUACCCAUGUUUUCCCAUGA